AAAAAGGAUGGUACAGCAUGGCGCGUGUGGCAAAAAGUUGCAAAGUCCGGAGCGAGAAAUUUUUUUUCAAGAUAAUCUUACUUUGAGAUUGAUUUUGAAAUGAUAUUCAGAAAAUAACAUCAUAUCUUACACUUUUCCUUUGCUCUUCUUUCUUUUUCUGUUCUUGGUUGAAGCAAUUAAUGUGAGCGCUAAGCGCAAGCUGAAAAUUAUUGAUAUUCAGACCUGAAAAUCAAACCUUUUUUUUAUAGAAAUAAAUAGAGAUGAUAAGUAUGUCAGUAAAUAAAUCGACCUAAUGCGAGAGCGAAGUGCGAGCCUACUAUUUUUUUAUAUCAAGAUCUUAAGAGUGAAUAUUCCAAGCACUUUUUGUAAUAAUCAUCAAUAAUCAAAUUUUCGGCGAUUUAGACCUACAACCAGGACAUUCUAAUAACUGUCGAUACAGAAGCGUGGAUUGAAAUUUUAGGCGAUGAUUUAGACCUACUACCGGGACAUUCACUGUCCUUCCUAUACCAUUUCUCUCUCUUGGUGUGAUCAAGAAGUAUUUAAACCUACUUGAUGUUCUGCUCCCCCUCUCGAUCUCUCCCUUGUAGAUCCUGUUUAUCUGUUUUCCCCACCCCCCCCUCUCUCUCUCUCUCUUCCCUCUUUUAGCGAGACGAAUUUGUGAAGCAUGACAACUACUUUUUGCAGUAGGGCAUAAUUCUCUAGAAAAGUCAUUGUAAAAAGAGGUAAUUCAAUUUCUGGGGCUUUAUGGUUAUGGAGAGAUGCUCUGUUGCCAUUGUGUUUUCGAGGCCAACAAUGUAUGUCCCUCCCAAUAAACAGGUCUUACUGAUAGUAUUCAUUUGUCUCUUGUAUGAUUCGAACAAGGCACCAGUGGAUGUGCACAGGGGAAAGGAGCCUAAAACACGGUUAAGGGUAAAAAUUGUGUUCAGAUAAAUUUGGUGGAUAUAAGAUCGGAUAAAGGAUGGGUGAUCCGGACAAAGAUGUCGGCCAGACCCCCGCUGCGGAGAGAACUGGUGGUGAGAAAGUGGUCCUGAAACGGACACUAGGACUGGCUAGUUGCAUCAGCUUCAUCAUUGGAAUAGUUAUUGGAACAGGAAUAUUCGUCUCACCCAAGGGUGUCCUACGAGGGGUUAACGGUUCCGUUGGCUGGGCAAUGAUCCUCUGGACCCUCUGUGGCCUCAUAUCGAUGACAGGCGCCCUCUGCUACGUGGAGCUCAUCACCUCCUACACCAAGUCAGGUGGUGAAUUCACCUUUCUACUUGAUGCCUUUGGUCCAGUAGUGGCCUUCCUUCGCAUGUGGACAUUGCUCUUCCUCAUCGGGCCUUCGGCCAACGCUGUUCAGUCACUUACCGUCGCCAACUACCUUACCGUGCCGUUCUUUGGGUGCGACGAGGUUCCUCCGCCACAGUCCGCGGUGGUUCUGAUUGCCAUCUGUGUUCUAUUUUUAAUCUUCUUCGUAAACUGUAUUAGCGUGAAGUGGACAGCCCGACUUCAGGUGUUCUUCACAGUAGCGAAGGUCUUAGGUCUUAUCAUCCUCAUCAUCACCGGACUUGUCUUCAUCUUUAAGGGUCACGUGUCAAACCUUCAAAAUGCUUUUGAGGAUACAGAUAUUAGCAUCAAGGGUGUCCCACUCGCCAUCUAUUCGGGAAUAUUCGCAUACUCGGGCUGGGACUACAUUUCUUCCAUGACAGAAGAAGUAAAGAAACCAGAAAAAACGAUCCCGAUUAGUGUGAUGAUAUCGAUGUCGACCGUCAUCGUCAUCUAUCUCCUUGCUAACAUUGGCUACUUUUCUCUGCUAACUCCUCAAGAAGUAUUAUCAUCAGACGCAGUAGGGGCUGACUUUGGAGUGAGGGCAUUAGGCAACUGGUCUUGGUUGAUCUGGCUGUUUGUGGCUCUUUCUGCUGCUGGUAAUCUCAACGGAGCCGUCUUCGGUAGGACCAGAACUUUCUUCGUAGCAGCACGAGAGGGCCUCCUACCAGAAUUCCUAUCGAUGAUUCACAUUAACCAUCUAACCCCGAUUCCUGCCAUCGCAAUUUCGCUCCCUUUUAGUAUUCUGUUCAUCUUGGUGGGGGAUGCCCUCGUUCUGAUAGAGUACCUUACAUUCAUCGAUUGGUUCUUCUCGGCCUUGACCAUCGCCAUCAUACCCUACUACAGGUGGAAGUAUAAGGAUAUGAGGAGACCUUUCAAGAUUCCUCUUCCAUUUGCUAUUAUCUUCAUCAUCUUCACUCUCUUUAUCAUGGUGAUGACGUUCUACGCUAAACCCCUUUAUUCUCUUGUUGGAGUUCUUGCUACCCUGGCCGGAAUACCGGUUUAUUAUCUGUGUGUUUGGUGGAAUAACAAGCCCCAGUGGAUGAUCAAUGCUACGUUGAAAGUCAACCUGUUAUUCCAGAAGUUUUUCUUUGCUAUCCGACAAGAAGAGAAGACCUAUUAGAAAUACCAGCGGUGACGAAGAAGAAUUCCACCAAUUUCGUAUUAAUGAAGAUACAUGUACUUCGAAUAACCAUAGUAACUUGGGAGGCUGACUUUAUUGCUCAAUCAAAACUCUCGGUUACCAUACUUUAAAUGUGUUUUUAAAGUUUUGGUAGCCGAAUAAACAAAAAUAUUUUAUAUAAUCAUAAUGCAAUUAAGAUUCGUCAAAACGACAAAUGAAAACAUGGAAACGCUGGGUUUUGUGCUCCUUACUUUUACUACAUGUACGAGGCAAAAAGUACGUUGGCUGUCCGGGGGACCACAUCAGUUAUUUCACUCCGGUGGUAAAUUUCGUGUUCAGCAGUAUAUAUGCUGGGUGUUUUUACAACACCCUUUGUUAUAUACUUCUACACUCGUUGAUAUUAUGUUUAAUUUCUAGGGUGUAAUUUCAACACCGCUCUCGGUGUAAUCGGUGUAAGUUAUAACGUCCCAAUUUUGGGCCAAGAAACACACACAGAUGACUUUAGUUUUCUUGUCAUAACAUUUUUAAUAGUUCAGUUUAUAACACCAUGCUAAAGGUGUAAAAUCCCGGGCCGGAUAAAUCGCCUCUGUUGUUGCAACAUGCGGUUCCGAGUAAAAAAAAAGAAAAAAAGAUCCGAAAUAAGAUCUGGGGCCAUGCAGUAAAACAAAGCUUAGCAUUUUAGAACAUUUUAAAACAAUGUAGGUAGGCAACGUAGCAAUGCUGUAGAAUAUUGUAUAACAUUUUUAACGAUUGAUUGCACUGACUACACUGUUAUCGAUCGUGAAAAUCAAGCUUAAGAAAAUGGGAAUGUUGGGAGGAGUUGUGAAAAAAGAAGCUUACGAUUGAUCGCUAAUCUUUGUGUUACAGACUGACCCAGACCCAUUUGCAGGUCAUACCCGGAAUGGGGUGUAACGCCAAUAAAACCGGUCUCAUCAAUCUGCCCGAGGAUUUGUUUUUCUUUAAUGAGGGUGUCGGGAUUUACAAGUAUUAUUUAGGCCUAUUUGUACAUCAGUAUUGUUCUAAGCAUUGAAUUAAUGUAUACAUAAUAAGUCGUAACAUUGUAUGUGUACAACAAAAAAUCCCAGUAUGCGAUAAUGGUAAUAAAAUAAACGGUUAUAAACCCGUCACCAAGUAAACAGAUAGCUACAUACAAACCUUAUCAAGCAAAAGAGACAGUGCUUUAGUGCAGCAAUUAUCAACUCAUUUCAGAAAAAAAAAACGGCUUUCCAUAAUUACAUACUAUACUAAAAUCGUUCGUAAAGUGAUGCACAACAUUUUAUGCCCCAGUAUUGAUGUCCUUAGACUCGGUAGCUUUAGAUAUAGAAGAUUCUUGAUAGAAUUGUUAAUAUGAUUAUGGUUCUCGUAUUCGUGUUUUUUUACUUGCUAAAAAGCUGCGAUAGAUUUUUUCAACAUUUUAUUUACUUUUGAACUUUUCUAUUUCUAUUUUUAUGGUUCCAAGAGAGGACGAAAGAAAGAAAUUAGUACAAUGAACUUACUCUUUUCUCAGACGGUAUAUAGUUAGACGACAUUACAAUUUGAUUUGAUUUUAUUGUUUUCUUCUGCAUUCAUAUUCGUAUAAUUCAUUUUUCCAUAGCAUAACUUUUAUAUUUUAAAAACAAACUGUUGUCGACAUGCAUCAUAGAAAAAAUUAAAUUUCAGUAGCCGGGCCUUGACCCAUGUUUUUUGUUCUGUUUGGAGAAUACAUUGAUAUAAAUAAAAUAUAUUUUCAUUC